CGGGACUUGUGUCACGUGAUCUACCAGCAGACGAGGGCUUUCCAAACUCCUUGCUAUUCGCGUUGGAAAGGCGUUCGCGAUGGAAACCUUGACCAAGAAUGCUGUACAGUUUCUGGACGUAGUGAGAAUGGCUUUGAGCUGCGAGACAAGCCAGUGGGACGAGGAGACGCUCACUCGGGCAUUUGACUGGGCGGCAUACUUCGAGCGGGUCCAUUCUCGCUUACCUUGUAAGCCUCAUCUGAUGCAACAAUUGGACACAAGAAUGAAGCAAAUAAGUAAGGAAAUGGAUCUCGCUCUUGACAAUCAGGCUCUCGGCUUCGACUUUCUCGGUCAAGCGGCCAGAUAUGUGGAGUGUGUGUUGCUGCAGAAUGAGAAUCUAGAGCGACGGCUGUAUAGACAGCUGUUGUUAAAGUACGGUCAACGUGGAUGUAGUAGCAGCACGAGGAGAAGUGCUCUGGUCAGCGAUGUUUCCAGUAUUCGAGCUGAAGGUGCAAAGAUGCAGUUUCUUCGGGCUGUAAAGGAUCUUGCAGUAGCUGGUGUGACAACUAGAACUGCAAGUGAUGUUAAGAGUGAUAGUAGACGUUGCACAGCAGAUGAGGAUGAAGUUGAGAUACGAUUGGUAAGAGAGUCUGUUGGCCGUUUGAUAACCCAUCGUGGACCAGACUCUAGUAAACCAGACUCUAGUAAACCAGACUCUAGUAAACCAGACUCUAGUAAACCAGACUCUAGUAAACCAGACUCUAGUAAACCAGACUCUAAUAAAACAGACUCUAAUAAACGUGUCACUGAUGCAAUAACGUCUCUUGUGAACGAUGCCGGCGGCGUGGAGAUAGUUGUAGAAGCUUUGGUGUAUAGAAGUGAGUCGGAGCUGCCGUUGGUCACACAGCAGGUUGAUAAAGUUUUGGCAUUGUGGCUGGUGGCGAGGACCGACGUCGAUGUGACUAUGUGGUUCGAUCUAGAUCCCGAUUUGUUACGCAGGUGUGUGGACAACGUUCCUGAUGUUUUGGAGGCGUAUGCUAAGUUUCUAGUCGGGAGAGCCAAGCUGUGCCAGACACAGCAAUUUCAUCCAUACAAGACGGGUGAGAUGACUGGUUUGGUGGGCAUCGAGAAGAGGCUCGUUGAUCUGUCCAAGAGGUCGGAAAAUGCGAAGAAAACGUGCAUUAAAUUACUUCGAGAGGCUCAACUAGUGGCAGUACAGUGUGGCAAGAGACGUAAUACGAAAGUCGGUGGAGUGUGGGACAAAUUAAUUAGAAAGUUAGAAAUGGUUUAGGAGACGUCAGACAAUCUAAUGCUCAUUGGCUGCAACAGUAUUUAUUCCACAUGUGGAGUUUGUCUUCUAUACAUAUGUCUGUGUAUUGAAAUUUUGUGGCGGUUGCAAGACUGUAUCAUCGUUGUCGUCAUCUUUGGUUUCAUUUGCAACUCUCAAUAAUUUGUUACACUGUGAUGGUGUUAAUUUUUAUGCAUAAAGUAUUGUUGAAAUUUUUGUGUUUUGUAUCAUUA